AUGGCAAGAGGAAGGAAUGCACGAAGCUCUGACGCAAUCGCCAAUUUGCCUGAAAAUCAUCACGACCAACCCCGCGAUGAGCCACUUGUCAUGGGAUCCGUCGCCCCCGCGAUGGAAACCCUGGUUCCACUGGCUACCGGAAUCACUACCGGAAUGCCCCCACGGGCUCCGGCCCAACCUGUCACCCCAACCGUCGGGGUAGAGGCGGUUCAGUCCUGGCAGCAGCGUCAGGAGGCUCUGGAGAAUACUGUUAGGCAGCUCGCUGAUGCGGUCAGGGCCCUAGCCCGAGCCCAGCCGCAGAUGGUCCCGAGACAACCAGAGUCCAAGGAUGCGAACCUCCCGUCACGUCGCUCACCGGAGAGAGGAAGCAGGAGAUCGCAGCUCCAACGGUCUGUGGACCAGGACACCGCCGUUGAGGAGUUGCUCCAAAGGGUGCAAGAACUGGAGGCACGACAAGGAGUUCGUGGCCAAAAUAGUGGCUGCGGAGAACGGACGCCAUUCACAAAGGAAGAUGAACUCGAAACUCUCCCCAGGAGAUUCAAGGUUCCGAGCAUACCACAGUACAACGGAGAUAGCGACCCCUAUGACCACCUGGACGCAUUCAAUGUCCAGAUGGAUCGGCAGACCACCAGCUCGCUGGUGAAGUGCUGGUACAGAGCUCUAAGACGACAGCUCGCCCCGCCGUGCCACCUCGCCACGGUCUUCCAAAGGUCGGGCGAGUCCCUCAAAGAUUACAUCGCCAAGUUCCGGCGUGAGGUGAGUAACGUCGAAAGUCCCUCGGAUGAAAGUAUCCUGAUAGCCAUCUCGGCAGGUCUCAGGAAAGACGGGAAGCUCUACGAGAGCAUCUAUAAAUCCCCCGUUGUGGAUCUGGGAGAGUUCUAUGAACGAGCUGCAAAGGAGAUCUGGUGGGAAGAAGCGUUCGGUUCAAAGAAGCCUGCCGGACAUAGAGAGGAAGUUGGAAGCUCUAACCGAGACAGGAAAAGGAACGACGGGGAAAACGGAAAGGACAACCGAGGAGAGCGGUCUAACAAUCUGGUAGCCAAGCGAGCUCGGCGGGAAGAACAAGAGGACCGACCCCCGAGACAAGGCCGUUUCAACAACUAUACGGCCCUAUCAGAUUCUCAAGAAAGGAUCUUCGCCAUGGAAAGGAGAAGAGAGGAUUUUGGGAGGCCAAACCCGAUAAAAACUCCCAACAAGUUCAGAAAUAGGGAGAAAUUUUGUGCGUAUCACGACGAGGUGGGGCACGACACCUCUGAAUGUUACGCUUUGAAGGAUGCAAUUGAAGAACUGAUUCGAAGGGGCUGGCUGCGAGACUAUGUGGUGCGACCUGCAAAUCAGCCACCACAGCAGGCGAAUCAACAACGACCGCCCCCCGAGGAUGAGCGCGCACCAGCAGUUCGGACGAUCUAUACGAUCCACGGCGGUCCUCACCUCGCAGGCACAUCGAACAGGUCGCACGAAAGGUACGUACGCGAGGCUAAUCAUGUCCUAGUGGCAAGAUCUAGCGAGCAGAUGGGAUCAUCUAAGCGAGCCAGGAUGGCAGUGAAAGAAAUCACUUUCUCCAAGGAGGACGCCAGGGACAUACACUGGCUGCACAAUGACGCCCUCGUCAUUCGCGCUCACAUCGGCAACAUGGAGGUGCGAAGAAUAAUGGUGGACACCGGCAGCUCGGUGAACGUGAUGUAUAGGGCCUGUUUCGACCAGAUGGGACUCGGGCCCGAACAGUUGGGCCCAUCCCCAGAGCCACUUUUCGGGUUCACGGGAGACGUAGUCGUCCCCAUGGGACGAGUUAAGCUCCCAUUCACAAUUGGGGGCGAAGGUCGCGAAGCCACAGCGCUUGCGGAGUUUCUGAUCAUUGACUGCCCCUCAGCAUACAACGUCGUGCUCGGGAGGCCGGUGAUGAACGAGCUGGAUAUGGUCACCUCGACCAGAGCGCUGACCGUCAAGUUUCCAACCACCAACGGAACUGGAUGCGUGCGGGGAGAGCAGCACCUCGCAAGACGUUGCUACGAGGACGCGGUCAAGAUGGGGACCAGAGGAAAGAAAGUAAAUGUGGUCACAGAGGGAGCGCAGCGACCUUCAAGUCGGAGCGGGGUGAGUUACGACCUGGAUCCCAGAGAAGUGGAUUGCGACAAGGCCACCGGCCCGGUGGAAGAACUUGAAGAGAUCCCGAUCAGCGAGGUGGACGCUGAAAGAUGCCUGAAGCUCGGGAAGAAUCUGGCCCCCGAGGUAAAAUGCCAACUUAUUGAAUUCCUUAAGACUAACCUGGAUGUGUUUGCGUGGAAUCACGAAGACAUGGUGGGGAUAGCACCGGAGGUCAUGUCGCACAGACUCAACAUAGACCCCAGCUACAAGCCGGUGCGCCAGAAGAGGAGACCAAUGACUCCAGAACGCUACACCGCCCUUAAAGAGGAGGUGGAUAAGCUCCUGGCUAAUGGGUUUAUCAGAGAGGCUCACUACCCAGUCUGGGUAGCCAACCCAGUGUUGGUAAAAAAGAAGAACGGGAAGUGGAGGACCUGCGUCGACUUCACCAACUUAAAUAAAGCCUGCCCGAAGGACAGUUUCCCCCUCCCAAGAAUUGACCAGCUCGUGGAUGCAACAGCGGGGCUUCAGCUCCUCAGUUUCAUCGACGCCUACUCGGGAUACAACCAGAUCCCCAUGAAUCCUAACAAGGAGGAACACACGUCGUUUAUCACCGAUCGCGGGCUAUACUGUUAUAAGGUCAUGCCGUUCGGGUUGAAGAAUGCUGGAGCGACCUACCAGAGACUUGUGAACAUGAUGUUCGAAGCACAGAUUGGGAAAACAAUGGAGGUAUAUGUUGACGAUAUGCUGGUUAAGUCUGAGCAGGUCGCAGAUCAUGUUCGUAAUUUGGGAGAAACAUUUAAGAUCCUCAGGAGCUACAAUAUGAAGCUGAACCCACUAAAAUGUGCAUUUGGGGUGGUUUCCGGGAGGUUCUUGGGAUUCAUGGUCAACAGCAGAGGUAUCGAGGCCAAUCCAGAAAAAAUAAAGGCCCUUUUGGAUAUGAGGUCGCCUGUAAGAAUGAAGGACGUGCAGAGCCUAACCGGCCAGAAGCCAGACACAUCGGGCCGCUUGCUGAAAUGGGCAAUUGAGCUCGCUCAGUUCGACUUGGAAUACAAACCAAGAGUGGCAAUCAAGGGGCAGGCACUGGCGGAUUUUAUCACUGAAUUCACUGAAACGACCGGAGUAGAAGGAGAGACCUCGGAAGGACCGUCCUGGGAGUUGUACGUUGACGGGUCGUCGAGCGAGCAAGGAGCUGGGGCAGGAGUUAUGCUAAAAGCCCGGAGGGCCACAGAAUACUAUGCGCCCUGCGAUUCGAUUUCCGAGCUACCAAUAACGAGGCCGAGUACUAGGCGCUGCUCGCAGGGCUGCGCUUGGCAAAGGAGGUGCGAGCUGAAGCACUGA